AUGGGCGCCUGCGGACUCACCGCGGUCGUCGUGCUGCUACUGCUCGCCUCGGCGCUACACCCUGCCCCUGCUUCUGCUUCAGGUAGAAGAAGCCUUCGGGGAGGCGAGAACCCCAACUCCGGCGAGGACGCUCCUGCACCAACCGUUUCUGGGCAGUCUUCAGCUGCGGGGCAGCAGGGUGAGAGCAAGGAGCAUCAGAAACCACUGGCAUCAUUGCCAUCACCACCGAAGGAUACCAAGGAAGGGGGUAAGGCACAGGGAUCUGCAUCACCACCGCCACCGCCACCGCCGCCCACGCAGGAGAAUAAUUUGCAGAAGGCGGGCAGUCCUCCCCCAGGAGUUCCAGGACCGAAUGGCGGGACAGGCCAGGAGGACACAGGAAGUCAGGGGAGGAGGGAGGAGACUGAUAAACUGAAGGAGGCGAUGGAGAAGUGUGCGCACAAGUGUUCCUCUGGAAAGGAAUUUUCUGCUUGCCUUCAGGUUUCUGAUGAUGCUUCAGGUGGGUCAUAUAUUAUUGUCCAGAAUAAAGGCCAGCAUGAUAUUGACAUUUAUGUCAAAGAACCAUCAUCAAAUAUAAAAAAUGAUAAGCCUCUACAUCUUAUCAAGGGUGCCUUUGGACAGAUGAACAUAGCAUAUACCAGUUCAGAUGUUGGGAAUAUUACAUUAAGUGAUGGAAAGGAGGACUGCAUCAUACAUGUUGGGCAAUCGGUUUAUGAUUUGCAGCAACAGUUGCAGCAGCUUGCAGCCUAUGCAAUGCGUUUGAAUCCAAUUUAUGGAGCCUCUUUUUUUGUUUUCACUAUUGUUUUGGUUGGCGUUGUAUGCGCCUGCUGUAAGUUUGCAAAGAGAAGAGGCAAUGUUGGAGUCCCAUACCAACAGCUUGAGAUGGGAGGUCAAGCACCGAACUCUUCAGGGGUGGACAACACCGCAAGCACCACAGAUGGCUGGGAAGACGGCUGGGAUGAUGACUGGGAUGAUGAAGAAGCACCAGCAGGACCUGCAGAUAAGAAACCUACAAGCAGUGUCUCAGCAAAUGGCCUUUCGUUGAGAUCACAGGCACAGACGAAUAGCAAAGAUGGUUGGGAUGUGGAUUGGGAUGACUAA